AUGUCAGAGCAUCCGCCUCGCCCCUCCCCCGGGACUUCAUCGACCCCGCUCCGCCCUCCUUCUGCCCGCUCUAUCUGGGUCGCCGAUAACUGGACCUCUAUCCUCGGAGGCACUGUCUUUGCACAUCUCCUCCACUACCAGUACCUCACCCGCGUCCGCAAGCCGAACUCGAACCCCCUGAAUAAUGCCCGCUUUUGGGCCCUAGCUGGUGGUGGAUGGAUGGUCUCUUACCUCGGCAUCAUUACCUUCAUCGCCGUCGCCCAGGCCCGCGUCAACCACUACCGCGACCCUGAUACCCGCGGCCUGUACCGGCAUUCGUGA